CCGGCGGCAGCGGCGAUGGCGGCGAAGGGAGCCGAGGCGGCGGCUUUGGACGCCCUAAAGCGGGGCGGCCCGGGGGCGGCGGAGGCGCUCUUCGAGGCUCACACGGCGACGGAGCUGCGAUCCGUGGAGCGGCAGCUGCGCGCGGGUAUCGAGGAGAAGCGCGAGGAGCUCCGGCUGAUGGUCGGCGAGCGCUACCGGGACCUCAUCGAGGCGGCCGACACCAUCGCCGAGAUGCGCCUCAGCGCCGAGCACCUCCUCGAGGCCGUGCGCGGGCUGCAGCAGCGGCGGGCGCGAGGGCGAGCCGGUGGGGCCGCUCACAACGGCCAGCACGCCCCGGGGAGGCCGGCGCGCCAGGCAAUAUGCCAGUCACAGGAGAAGUUCUACUGCUUGUCAGCGCAAAUCCAACUGUUACUGCAGAUUCCUGAGAAAAUCUGGAGUGCUAUGGAAUCCUCUCAGUACUUAUAUGCCACACAAUUGUACCUGCUGUGCUGCCACCUCCAUGGCCUCCUGCAAUUGGAUUCUUCUGGCUCUCACUACAGCCCAAUUCUCGCCCGUUUUCCUAUCCUUGUGCGACAAGUAGCAGCAGCUAGCCAUUUCCGGUCAACUAUCCUACAGGAAAGCAAAUCACUACUGAAAUGCCAAACUGUUUUGGACCAAGCAGUAGCAGAAGCCUUGUGCUCCGCCAUGCUUCUUGAGGACAGUUCUCCACGCCAGGCUCUUGCGGACUUCCUGCUGGCCAGGAAAUCUGCAAUUCAGCAUCUUCUGAAUCAGCCCCAUCAUGAUGCUGGCAUUAAAGCACAAGUCUGCUCUUUGGUGGAGCUCCUAGCCACAACCCUGUAUCAAGCUCAUGCUCUCUUCUAUACCUUGCCAGAGGGAACACUCUCGGACCCGUCUCUUCCCUGUGGCUUGCUUUUUUCAACACUGGAGACAAUUACCAGCCAGCACCCAGCAGGAAAAGGUAUCACAGUUUUGAAGGAAGAAACCAAAUUGAGCAGCUCAUUCAAAUACUUGCCGCCUUCCAUCACAGAAUUCCAGCCAACACUCAGAACUUUGGCACAUCCCAUUAGCCAGGAUUACCUUAGUGAAACACUUCAGAAAUGGAUCAGCAUGUGCAAUGAAGACAUCAAAUCUGGGAUCACAAACUUGUUGGUAUAUGUGAAGAGCCUUAAAGGUUUGGCUGCAAUCCGCGAUGCUGUGUGGGAGCUGCUCACCAGUGAGUCCAUGAGUCAGAACUGGGAGACGGUAUGUCACCGGCUCCUUGAAAAGCCCAUUUUUUUCUGGGAAGAUUUGUUACAGCAGCUCUUCUUGGACAGAUUGCAGACUCUGACAAAGGAAGGAUUUGAUGACAUCUCCAGCAGCUCCAGGGAGCUCCUUGUUCUGACUGUACAAGAGCUUGAAGCCAAAUUUGACACCUCUGCCCAAAACAAGCAUAUCCUAUUUGAACAUAACAUGGCCUCUUUCUUAUGGUCAGAGAAUCCGAAUGACUUGCCGCCUGAUGCUGCCUGGAUAAGUGUGGCAAACCGCAGUCAGUUCACCAAGAGUGGGCUGUCUAUGAAGGCUCAGGCCCACAGCCCUGCUGUUCAGAGUUUUUGCAGUGCUCUGGAUUCCAAGCUAAAGGCCAAGCUGGAUGACCUUCUGUCCUACUUGCCCUCGGACUCUUCUUCCUCUAAGGAUGCUCUGCAUGUGCAGUCCAGGAGCAGAUCCGCCUUUGACAGAUUUGGAGAUGCAGGUACGGUAGAGGAACUGUUGCGCAGCCGCUGCAUCCGCUGUGUGGAUUAUGUGCUGGACUGUGUUAAGGAAGAGCUGCAUCACGCUCAGGAUGUGCUCCAAGGAUCCACCGAUGCUUUGCAUAACCCCAAAAUCAACACUGUCCUUUUCAUGGCACGGCUCUGCCGGUCACUGGGGGAGUUGUGCCCACAUUUGAAGCAGUGCAUUCUGGGAAAAUCAGGUUGCCCAGAAAAUGUGACGAGGGAGCCCUGGCCUUUGAAAAAGGUGGGGAAAGGAAAGACUCAAGAAGUGAACCCCAUAAAGGCUAUAUGGCAAGAAUUAAAAGAACGGCUGCUGCAAGAUAGCUUGUCUGCCUAUCGGAUUUGGAGCACAGCUGUUGCUAAAGUCCUGGUUCAGAGUUUCACACAAUCAUUGCUGAAGGAUGAAGCUGGGUCCAUUCUGGCAACAGCCACCAAUUGGGAGGAGACUGAAAUUGAAGAAGAGACGGAGACUGGAAGCAGCAUUAAGUCCAAGAUACGGCUACCUGUCCAGCCAUCCUGGUGUGUCCAAUCCCUCCUCUUCAGCUUGUGCCAAGAAGUCAAUCGAGUUGGAGGGCAUACUCUUCCCAAAGUCACCUUGCAAGAACUACUGAAGACGUGUAUGACUGAAGUACUAGCUGGCUAUGAGAAACUGUCAGAAGAGAAACGGGAAAAGAAAGAAGGGAAGUUACCAAUCACUCAGAACAGAGCUUUGCAACUCCUAUAUGAUCUUCGGUAUCUGAAUAUCGUUCUGACAGCUAAGAGUGAAGAUAUGAAAAGCAGCAGAAACAAGCAAGAGUCCAGGAUUGAACGAGAGACAGACUUUCUGGAGAGCUAUAUAGAUCCCUUUGACUUGGAUGUCUUUACUCCACACUUAAAUAGCAACCUUAAUCGCCUGGUGCAACGAACCUCUGUCCUAUUUGGCUUAUUAACAGGGGCAGAGAAUCAGUACACCAGCCGAAGCAGUGCUUUAACCUCUCAAGAAUUGCAUAACAUCCUACCUCUAGCAUCUAGUCAGAUCAGAUUUGGACUGUUGCCACUCAGUAUGUCAAGUUGUCGCAAGACUAAAUCAGCUCUGAGAAACACUGAACAUAAUGCUCAGUAUGAUGCUGACCAGUAACCCCUGAAGAAGCCUUGUUGGGACCCCAACUGCUGCCCUUAUGAGAGCAGAAGAGCCGUUCCGCCCUGGUUCCCUUUUCAGGCAGCUUGCAGAAGAGGAGGAAGACACAGCAGCACCAUCUUUGUUUAAACUUGGCUGGCUCUCAAGCAUGACCAAAUGAUUCAAUAAAAUGUGAACUAUUGUAUGUGAACUAAAA